AUGUUGGGGAAAAGAAAGCGAGAAGUCGUGGUUGCGACUCGAGAAACCCGCCGCAGCAGUGACAACGAACAGCCUCCCUCAACAUUCCCCGAACUCGAGCGAGACAUAUUCAAGAAAUACUUCGAGUCUACUUUCGAACCCUUGCCGGAGUAUCAAACAGGGACACCUUCGCUGCUAGAAGACGAAGAUAACGCCACUGAACCUUCGUCGGAAGAGGAAGAAGACUCGGAUUGGGAGGGCCUCUCAGAACCUGAACAGGAAGAGACGACGGUGGAGGUUAUAGAGCAUCGCACAUUCACCGAUGACACCGAAGAGGUUGAGCUACGGCGGCAGCAAUACAAAACAUUCAUGACCUCAAAACCACCUAAGGAGGUUGAGCCAACGGCAAAAAUGAAACCCGAAAAGCCAGCCGACGAUGAAGAAGAUGCAGCGGAGACUCUGAAUCUCAAGCAUGAUCUUGACCUACAGCGCUUGCUGAAAGAAUCGCACCUGUUAGAGGAAGCGAAGGCGUCAUCGACCCUGGGUUCACACCGCCAUAAAGCGCUGGAUAUGCGACUACAGGCACUGGGUGCAAAGGGGUCGAUCUUCCAUCAAGAGAAAAUGCCCCUGACGCACAGGAGAGGAAUCAUCACCAAAGCCACGACUCGGGAAGCAGUGCGAAGAAAGGAGGCGCGAGAGAACGGCAUCAUCCUGGAAAGACCCACAGGAAAAUCAAACAACAGCCGAGCUCGAAGAGAACGUGGUGUAGAUGUGCCGGCAGUGGGCAAGUUCCGAGGAGGCACUCUGAAACUCAGCAGAAGGGAUGUCGCCGAUAUUCAAGGCCCAAGUCGUUCUGGUGGCCGGGGGAGAAGAGGCCGACGGUAA